AUGGUGAUAUCUACUGCUGAAAAAAUUUUGACUUACGUUUUUAUUGGAUUCCCAGGAUCGGCACAUGAUUCCAGAGUCUUUUCGAACUCAACAUUUGUCCAAAACAUUGCAACACAUGGUUCGCAGUUCUAUUUUCCUAAUGAAGAAUGUCAUAUAUUAGGAGAUAGUGCAUUUCCAUUAAAAAUGUGGAUGAUGACACCCUAUAAGCGUAGACCAGCUUUAAAUAGAAUUGAAAGACAGCACAACUAUCAUUUGAGUGCUGAUCGUGUUGUGGUCGAACAUAUUUUUGCCCGCAUUAAAGGUCGAUUUAGGAGAGUAAUAUUCAUUAACACCUACUCCAUUAGCAAAGCUAUUGAAAUAACCACUGCUGCAUGCGUUUUACAUAAUUUUUGCUACAUGAAUAAAGAUCAGUGGGAAGAUGAGCUCUAUGAAGAUGUUAACGUACAAGAGUUCAUUGCAGAAGACAAUGAUGAAGAAACUCGAAGAGCACAACUCAAAAGGAACCAAAUAGCUAGAGAAUUAUUAAACAAUGUAUAA